AUGCCCGUAAAGCAACCGCCAAGGGUAACGAGGGAACGAAAAGCCGCCUCAGAAACUGCGGCACUUGAACUUCCAGCGACAAAUGAAAACACGCGAAAGGCGGCUAUGUCACCUUCUGGCUCAUCAGAACAGGCUGUUUUUGAGGUUCAUCCAAGAGAAAUUGUCUUUGCGGAUUUUGUCAUGCACGAAAGCUAUGAAGUUGCCCUUAGCUUGAAGAACAUAUCUAGGGAAGCGCAGUUUGUCCGUGUGCGACAAUCGCAUGACCGCUUUGUCACCCUUGUUUCACCGCUCCCGCAUGCCAAAUCAACAAAAGUUGCACCAGGACUAACCGUUGUGUACAAGGUAGUUUUCAGGUCAGAGGAUGAGCGUGACUACAGCAGUGACAUUAUAGUGACAACUAGCCAGGAGGAGUUCACCAUCCCUCUCCGUGCCAUAGCGAAUCGUGGGCGGCUGGAUUUACCAGAAUCGUUUGCCGUCUCGCCAUCUCCGGUGAAGUGUAGUGGUUCGACUACAUUGUUCCUUCGAAACAAGGGGAAAUUGGACUGUCAAUGGCGCGCUGUGUGUCAGGCACCAUUUGCAAUCUCUCCUUCUUCCGGCGUCGUUCCCUCGGAAGGGGGCGUUCUUCCCGUCAGUAUUGUAUUUACUCCACCAAAAUUGCAGACCUAUAGCGGUUCUAUAGUUUUUCUUCUUGGCCCGGAGGAAAACGCCGUGCAGGAGCUGCCAGUUUCGGGUAGUGCAAUGGAAUUGUCUAUCAUACAGGAUAAAAGCGAGGCGCUGUUCCCCGAUACGUUUGUGACACUGGAGAGUCAAGUGAUGAUAUCGGUUAGGAAUGAAAGCGACCGCACGAUACACUUUACGUGGAAAGCUGAACAGACUGAUCAUCAAGAAAAAUGUGCAACUGAAAAUGCUAUUGCAGAACAAUCCGGGGCCCUUACUUACGCUGUGCUGUCUAAUGCGGAGCAUGAAUCCACUCGACAACGGCUAGCUAGGGAAUAUAUUGACCACAUAACCAAGGGAGGCCGCGUUUUUGAUGAUGACGUCUUCACAAUUGAGCCUGUUAGUGGUGUGAUAUACGGGAAAGGAAGUAGAGAGUUUAUUGUGACCUUCAACCCGCAACUGGCUGUAAGCUACCUCUCAACUGCGUACCUCGAUAUUGAGGGUAAGAAUCAGCGCCUUCCACUGCAAAUGAAAGGGAAGGGUCUAGCCCCUCUAUGUGAGUUAGAGUUUACUACUCUCGACAUUGGUGAUAUUGUCGUUGGUGCUGUGCAUGAAUACAGAGUGGAAAUCAUUAACAAGGGUUGUGUUGAGGCCCGCUACAAGGUGAUGCCACAGGAUACGCUAAUGGGAAGAAAAUUCUCCUUUUCUCCCCCCGAGGGGGUCCUUCCACCUGGUACAACGGAAACGUUUGUCAUUCGUCUAGAAUCUGAUCUUUUGGGUAUCAUUUUGGAGACUUUUAACAUACACAUUCACGGUGCGCUUGAUGGUUUAAAACUCUUCUUUCGUGGACGCGUUACGAGUCCUUCCUUGCAGUUUAAUCGGAAAGAGUUGAACUUCGGUAAUGUCUCGUAUACCACUCACCAUUCUUGCUCGUUACAGGUGAUGAACACUGGAAGCUUUGAUAUUCGGUACAAGUUGCGCAUCCCCGAGUCGAGCCCCUUGUGCAACUGCAUUACCGUCACCCCAUGUGAAGGACUAAUACCUGAGGGAGGUGUACAUGAUAUUUGCGUGGAUCUUGUCUCGAAUGCACUGGGGUCACGGGAAACCAAACUCCUCGUUGAUGUAGAGGACGUUGGUGAUGCUGUACACACACUUCCCAUCAAGUUCUUUUGUCUUGUACCCACGCUACAACCUUCUCAAGACCAACUUCACUAUGGGCAUUGUUUCGUGGGGCACAACUACACCAUGAACUUAGAAGUUGUUAACAAGACCGCGUUGGUGGGGAAGUUUAGCGUAUUUCUGCAGGAGUUGCUCGACACACAAGCAGACACAGCCAUCGUUUCGAUCGGCUCACCGGAUAAUACUGACGGCGUAGAGGUGAUUGAGGCCCGCAGCCGUUGCCUUGUUCCCAUCACGUUGACACCGUUAGCAGUGGGUGAACUUCGCAUGACACUCUAUGUGCGUGUCCUUGGUUCGGAAGAGCAGUUAAUGCCCGUUUUGGUAACUGCUUCUGCAUGUGGUCCAACAGUGGUAGCGGUACCGAGGCAUCUUUCUUUCGGGGGUUUACAACUUCUGGACGAAAAGGAGCUUCAGCUUACUCUCACGAAUAUGAGCAGCAUUACUGCUUACUUCACAACUGAGUUUCUUCUGGGUGCUGCAAAGACAGAAGAGCCGGUGUUCUUUUUGGAACCGACAGAAGGCGAAAUAGAACCGGAGGGCACUUUCAUCAUUAAAGUGAGAGCGCGCUUGGACGAAGCGCGGACUUUCGAAGAGAAGAUUAGGGUAGCGGUUCGCCACUCAGAGAAAACCUCUCAAGUUAUUGACGUUGUCGCCAACGGGAAAGGUUAUGCCCUGGUGCCUCAAGACGAUGCGGAUGAAUUCGAUUUCGGUGACAUUUUCACCGAAACGACUGUUGAAAAGAAGCUGAUCAUCUUAAAUAAGGGGCGUCGUGAUAUUGAAGUUAUAUGGAGCGGUCUCAGUCGAAACCGGGCCGGAAGAGGUGGUAUGCCCAAUGUCUUCUCUGUAAAUCCCGAAAUGGCCCUCAUACCCGCACGUAAAUCAUAUGAGUUUGUUGUCCAAGGGUAUGCAACAACUAAGGGUGUAUUUUCGGACUGCUUUACUUUAAAGGACAAGAACAGGUACAAGGUUGUUCUCUCCAAAAGCGUCCAGGGAAACUUCAUCACUCCUUCAAUAGCAUACAGUACGAAGAAGGUUGUGUUUGAUUACAUCUACGGUACAGAAGGUGACACCGGUUGUGCUGUAACGACAAAGACGUUUACGAUGAAGAAUACGUGCACUCGUACAUUACAUGUGUCACUCCGUUGCUUAACCCCGGCGAACGGAAGUAGCUCACCCUUUACACUCGAGAAUCCAACAACCUUCGCUCUCUCCAGCGGUGAAACCCGCAUUGUCGGUGUGACCUGUGAUGCUCUCUACCGCCGAGACAACAUCGCGCACUCGGCAAAGGGGCGUGUGCUGGUUACUUUUAGCAACCACACCACCACUGAGUAUGUGUACCUUACGGUGAAUAUUGCUUUACCGAACGUUUCCAUUGUGCCUGAUACACGUCAGUUAAACUUUGGUUCGGUGCUAGCCGACACAGAGAAGCGGUUGCAGAUAACUCUCACGAAUCUAUCGGAAAUUGUUUCGGCGAACUUCCACUGGGGCAUUGAGACACUUGGGCAUCCGGCAGCGACAUCCAACGCCAAAGUACCACUGGCAGAAGAAGAAGAACGCGAAGAGCAGCAAGAGCAGCAGUUGAUACGGAAGCACUUCGACAUUAUACCGUUCCGUGGUUCCAUACCCCCUGGGGGGAAGACUGUUGUUGAAGCAGUUUUUUACGGUGCACGUGGGCGACACGAGGCGAACGCAAAGUGUAGUCUUGAAGGUGGCCCGAGUUACAGUGUGAAUCUGAUUGGUUGGAGCGACGUUGCUGUGCGGUUCGAUCGCACAAGCCUGGAUUUUGGUAUUAUGCACUACAAAGAUAGAGCAACUAGAACCAUUUGUAUAUCUAGUCCCUUACGUGUCGCUGUACCUUUCUCCGUAGACCUCACCAGAUUGAAGCAACCAGAGUCGCUGACUGUAAGGCCGUUGAGAGGAACAGUCACUACCAAAGUGUACCUCACCGUUACGUUCGGUCCCAUGAUCCCAGAAGAGGUAAUAGAAACUUUUACAGUGCAAGUUGGUCAUUUGCACCCGCAAGUCAUUAAAGUUCGUGGCCUGGGACAAGUGUCAACGAUGUCGGUGGUACCAGGUGAGAAGAAUGUAAAACUGAGGCGUGUUGAGGAUCCAAUUUUUCAGGAAUUUUUCAAUGAGCUCAGUAAGCGAGAAUGGGUGCCUCACCACACUAAAAUGGGUUCCUCAAACCCCAUACCACAUGUGGACCCUUCUGUGCUCGAAGCAGAGAGGUUGACCCUCUGUCAAACGAUACUUCCCACCAGAGAACUGGUGCCAUCGGUAUGUUCGGCAUCUCCACCUCCACAAACAACUACCUCGGAGGGUCAGCAGGAGGAAAUACCACCUCUUCUCGCGCGGUAUAUUCUUGACUUUGGGCACGUUACGCGACAAGAUGUUCGGACAGCCAAACUUCUGUUGGUAAACACGUCGACGUGUAGUACCUCGAUAUCUCUGGAGAAGAAUUCGCAGCAGCCUCCCGUUGUAACAGUGGAACCGCUAAAAAUUCCUACUAUGGCUCCGAUUUCGCACACGGAGUUCGUCGUUACGCUUCAUGCCAGUGAAAUUGAAAAGGGUUCUACCGGUGCUGAUCGACGGGAAAUUACGUUAAACCUUGCGAAGGGACCACGUGUUAUUAUUGAAGUACAUUAUUACUUGGCAACGCCCAUGCUGACACCCGAAUCGCAUGUUGUGGAUUUCGGUGAUCUCCGACCAGGUCACAUUCAUGUAAAAAAUGUUCAUUUUUACAACAAUGAAGCUGCGCCAUGUAGUUGGACGUUCAAAUUGAUCGAAACAAAGAAGAAAGGAGAAGCGCAGGAUCCCCGGAGAAGCCCAUCAAUUGAAACAGUUUACAAGAAGCAAUUUAAAAUUGGAAAGGAGCGGGGGAUAUUGCCGCCAUAUUCUUGUAUGGCUGUUCAAAUGAGUUUUCAUUCGUGGUAUGUUGGUCCUGCAAAGGCCAGGUUGCGCCUCCGUUUUGCAUCCAACCCAAACGAUGAGUAUAUGACAAUUAUUGGUAACGUUAGAGAUGUUAAGGUGAAUAUUUCGCCCACUCCCGUUAAUUUCUUGCCACUUCUUCCGUGUGAAGCUGUGUACCAUACAUUAACCAUAACAAACAAUGAGGAGCAUCCCAUUGAAGUUGUUUGUAUGAACUAUGAUCAGAAGGUCCGCAUUGAACGGAGAGCGUUACAACGUUUCUUACAGGGAGUUACACCAACUCAAGAAGAGAAAGGACUUUACCUUCCACUCCGGGAGGCGGGUGAUGCCUUACCAGAGGGUUUGCUAGACGCAACGUUCGAAAAUUUAAAUGCCGAAGAGACUGCUCUUGAGUUCGUUGGUGUAGAUGAGUCACUCGAAAGGGCAUUAGAGCGGCGGCGUGGAAGUUACAGCUCAAGAGCGGGGCAAAUAGGCCGACAACCAUCCAGGAGACAAUCUAUGGACAAACCGGAUGCGAUCGCUUUACGCUCAAAAAGCUUAAGUUGCAAAAAUUCAUUUUCGGUUGUUAAUCCUAAGGUUAUCGUUGUUGUUGGACCUCCAUGCUCUGGAAAAACCACCCAAACGCAGAAGUUGAAGGAAAGUUCCGGAGUUGUGGAGUUAGAUUUGGAUGCCAUGAUAUUGUCUGAGGCGGAGUUUGACACGGCCGAAGGUGAAUUAAUUCGUGGUUUACUUUCUGACUACGACAAGCUUCAUGCUGCUCCUCCAGUGAUGCCUACGGGACGGCAUAGUGACAAAUUGAAUCCGUUGUUGCCACUGGCUAACUCGAAAGUUGUGAUUCUUCUUCAUACACUCGUUGUUCGGCAACUGAAGAAGGUUGAUAACGUGACCGCCGUAGUUAUUGAUGAUUUGAAAUCCAUAAUCACGGAAAAUCGGGAGGCGGUGCUCUUCGCCAUCAGUAAGGCUGCCCAGGUGACCGGUAUGACACUGAAAAUAAUAUCCCUUGGUGUGAGUGAGGUGACGGCUGACCUUCGGCGCAACCUUGACAUACAGCGGAAAUGCAAUGAAACAGCAGAGGCUGCUAAAAUUCCACUCUUGACGGAAGAGGAGUACGAGGAGCUUAGUGAAGGGGAACGCGACACGUAUAACCACCAGCUACUGUACUACAACAAAUGUAAACGAGACCUUGCGGAUGUCACUAAGGAAGUGACACGAUUGGCAGAAGAAAAAGAAAACAAUGAACAGCAUACGGUGCAGAAAGUGAUCGACGCCGAAAUGGCAGCGAAAGAGGAAAUGGAGGAAAGAAUGCGGGCAUCAACGAAGGGGAAAAGAUAUGUGCCGGAACAGCGGCCGGCACCGGUAUGGCACAAACUUAGUGACCUGGAGAGAUACAAGGAACUUUACAUUCAUCUCCGCGAGAGAAAAGAUUUGGAUCACAUCAUUGUUGACGGGGAAAAUUGCAAAGACCUUACCGAGCAUGUAAUUUCAAAUGAAAAUAGCAACGGUGCACUCGAUGCAUUUUUACGGGGGUCUGUAACGGAAAAUGCCAAUGAUAAAAACCGGUUGAUAAAUAUAUGGAAUUUUGGAGCGAAUGGCGUGUGGGAGUUUGUGUCAGAGGAGUAUCUCAAUACGACUCACGAAGCAUAUGAGGGCUUACGUAUAUUUUCUCGUACACCUCGCGAUCUUUCAACCAAAAAAAACCCUAAGGGUGCAGUACCGGUGGUUGCGUCACCAUUGGUGGAAGCCAGUAGGUGGUUGAUUGCACCAAUGUCAUCAACAGACGUUACUCUUGUCUUCUGCAGUAGCAGACUUGGCCAGUUCUCAACUCCACUAACCUUCGGAAUAACGGGAACAAGUCAGCAAAUCGUUGUUCCAGUUGCUACCAGCACACUGUAUCCAGAUAUUUGCCGUGACGAGAAAAGGAUAUUUAGAACUGUUAAGACGCGAGCUGUGGCGGGUCGCCAGGUAAGUGGUGUUUUUCUCUUGUCCAAGCGCUCGUACGAGUUUGGGCCUUUAAUUGUCCACGGGAAUGAUGGUAGUGCUUGUGGGAACAGUAAAGUGUCCUCAUCGCUCCGCAAUGAGUCUCCCUCCAUGGGGAAGAGUACUUCCUCUUUCCGGGGAUGGGUGGCACAAGAUACCUUGACGCUUACAAAUGAUGGUAUUGUUCCCGCCGAAGUAAACAUGUCGUUUGGCAAGGAAAAGGACCUCACCUUUGCUGUCGCACCAAACAAGGUUACUAUCCCCGUUGGGGAGACUGUAACGGUGAUGCUCCGCGCUAACCCGGAAUCAAUUGGAGAAAUAACAGCAAAGCUUGUUGUGACUGUUCGUGACAACCCGGCUCCUUGGUUUGUGAAUGUGUCUUGCAUUGGGACGCGGCCAUCUGUGACACUAGAUGGCAAAAGGGAUUUGGUAGUGCAGUACGGCCGUUCGUUGGUUACUAGACCUGUGGAAAAAACGUUCACUAUUUCUAAUGUAAGUUUUGUGCCUGUGCACUGGCGGAUCACUGGAAUGGACAAAUUGCCCAAUGAAUUUGAACUGAGCGCUACGAGCGGUGUACUCGAGGUCAGUGGAGCUCAAAAACUUGCCCUCGCCUUCAAACCAAUAAAGCCCGGAAUGCAUUCUUUAUCGCUCAAAGUUGAGGUGAUGGACUCCGAGGAGGCGCUGUACGAGUCUCUUCCUCUAACAAUUAAGGCUGAAGCCCACGAUGCAGUGGUGGAAUGGACGCGGCAUGUCAACUUUAAGAUGAUACAUGUUGGUGAAACGAAAAAGGAGCUGAUCCGCAUACUAAACAAAAGCCCGUACGAUAUUGGGUAUAUGUUACGUAUGCCUAAGGCACUUCAAAAUGUGAUUACUCUUUCUCCCGUUUCUGGUACUGUCCGAGGCUUGAUUGGGUACAGAGAUGCUGCGAUAGCCUCAGUGGAAGUUUCCAUUCGUUUUGACAGGGAAGGUGAAAUUCCCCCCACACUUGGCGUCAUUGAGGCAUCUUUUUACGAUCCCCAGUCAAACGAGCUACUUUACCCAGUUCAAAACAUUACCGUAACAGGAGAGGCGUGGUACAACCAAUUUUCCGUCAGGCCGUCCUUUAUCGAUUUUGGUCCAUGUGUCGCACAUCAAAAGAAGGUGUCCACAUUUGAGUUGCGUAACACAGGCAGGUUUCCACUGAAUUUCAAACUCUUCAACUACAAGAAGGCUAUGUCAGUGUCCACUCCAGAGGAAGAGGAAUUUGUCCCCCGAAGAGGCCGAAAAACGGCUAAGGGUGAUGUCGGCUUUCAACUGGGGUCAUUUAACAUAUCACCAAAUGUGGGUGUAGUUGGUGUGGGGGACUCUUGUACAUUCAAUGUCACGAGUGUUCUGAGUAACCUACAGGACCAGCGAGAGGUACUGGGAAUACAUGUGGAUCACUGCGACCCUGAAAUUGAAAAAACUGGAACAGCAUUUCACAUUGUUGCAUCACCUACAACACCCGGUAUUGUGGGUAACCUUUCUUCGUCGUUGGAUGUGGAAACUGUGUUUGAGGAACAGCAAAUUGUUACAAGUUUGUCAUGUUUCAACGGCCCUGUACGUGCUUUUGCCAAGGAAGAGUGUCUAUUCUCAUUUGGGCAGUCGCUAUUGGGAAGCAGAGUUGAAGAGCGGUUCCGCAUUGCAAACCUUUGCACUCUCACAUGCACAGUCAAGGUCCGACUCCUUCCCAAGAAUAUGUACGAAUGGAAAGAGAAGGAUAGAAAAGACCGAAAGGACAAAAGUGCGCACGGCACUGCAGAAGGUUUUCUACUUCUCAUAGAUGGUGAGCUGCGUGAAGAGGGCACGAUAGAGCUCUCCUCCUUCGAAAGUCGCUUUGUUACUGUAUGUUUUGCACCGCAGACCUUGCAAUCGUUUACCGCGCGCUUUGAAGCUAUCGCCGUAGAUGGAACGAACCCUGCCACCAACUCGCUUCGCUUCGACCUUGCGGGUGAGGGAAUCCUUCCCACAGUGCAGUAUAUUUUUCCACCGCCACUGCAAAUUACGGCUCCCAUAAUCGUGAACACAGUAUCUGGAACUGGGGGGAAAGGGAAAGGGAAGGAGUCGAGAAAGGCAGCCGUGGCAAAACCAACUGCGCAUGAGGUUGCACCUCCUCCACCCGCCGAUACUAUACAAAUGCCAUUAACAUUUGUGGGGUCGUCUGUAACAAGGUGCUUCCGUGUCCGUAAUAACUCAGACAUUCCCGUACAUAUUCGCCUCACAGCACCGGAUGACGUCCCGCUAGGCAUGACUGUAACAAAACUUAAGGAGCAACUUCUCGUCCCCCCGACUGGAGAGGAAGCAUUCAGUGUGACUCUGGCCCCUCAUAAAGUUGAUAAAUGGAAGACACGCCUUCGUGUGUCGGUAACGGAAAACCCGUUCGAUGACCGCGAACUGUGGGUGGUUGGGGAAAGUUUCCAUCGACCAAUAUCGUUCCAUAACACGGACCCUCUGAUGGAGGAACGUCUAACCUUGGGUUACUGGUAUCUGUCACAAGUAAAAGAGCACACAUUCACCGUCGCCAACAACACACCAUUCGCUGUGCGUUUUGAAUGGAACCAAUCUUCACGUGCGCUUUCCUUUUCCCCACGUGUGGGUCACUUACCGUCGGGUGCUUCCAGAGACAUAACCGUGCGCUUAUAUAGUGAAGCAGUUUCGAAGGAUAAUGUGCUCUGCGUUAUGCAGGUUACAUCUAUUGAAUGUGUGGACGGGGACGACUGGGACGACAGGCAGACGAAGGAGAGGUGGCUCAGCACCGUUGUGUCUGAAACUGAUGAUGUAUCUGCCAUUUCUGAUGGCGAAGGUCGUCCAACAUUUCGAAAAGUUGUUGGAGCCGUGGCAGAGCCUGCGUACCGAGCCACUGAAAACUUUAGUUGCAACAAGAAUCUGGUUGUUAGUUACGCAUGUGAGCCGACAACUUAUGAACUCACACUGCCGUCGAAUGAGAAUGUAGAGCUCUCCGAGGGGAUAACGUUUCCCACAACAAAGAUAUUUCAGAAGCGGUUCAUCACAAUGCGCAUCGAGAACACUGGACCGAACGUCCUACCGUUCUCCAUUGAGGUGAAAAAGAAUGAAGAUGAGGAACGAACUUCACUCGAUCUCUCUGGAGUUUUCAUUGCUGAGCCUUCUUCUGGUGCUGUGGAGCCUCACACAACUUGCGAUGUACGAGUCACCUUUGCACCGAAGUGUGUUGAUGUAGCAGACAGGGUGCUUGUUGUCAACCUGAAGCACAGCGCAAAACCCCAGCACAUUAUACCACUCCAAGGAUCCGCUGAAUGCCCACUGGUGCACUUCAACAUUCCUCAAUGUGAUUACUUUUCCACACGCGUUGAUGGUGAAGCCGGGAGCGUCAUUCUUCCAAACACGAUUCCUGUUGUAUUUAACGUUUGCGGAUUGAACACUAAAUCUGUUGUCACUUUCAAAGUAAUUAACCCGACAGCAACGAUUCAGCGGUACGAGUGGAUCAGUAACGAGAUGUCGCGACAUUUGGCUCCUUUCCGCUGCUUAACACCUGCUGGCUCUAUUUCUGCGGGGAAGCAGUGUGAGAUGGCGUUCGAGUAUACCUCUACUUCACUGGCGACGCGCGAAUCGCUGUGGAAUUUUUUCAUCUCUGGUCAAACAUCUGUACCCUUCAUGCUGGUGGGGAAAGCGCAUGAGCCGAAUUUGUUUUUGAAUGUCAAUAAGGUUUUCUUUGGUGGCACCCCCGUUGGAAGCAAAAACGAGCGCGUUGUUAUAUUGGAGAACAAGGAAGACUCACCAUUCUCUUUUUCGUUUGAUAAUGCGUCGAUGAAUUCGGAGAAGGACUUUGUUGGGAUGAAACCGACGCGCGGUGUAGUUCAGGCAAAGUCUUCCGUACAAAUCACUAUUUGGUUCUGCCCCAAGGAAGAAAUCGCUGUCAACAUGAAGUUGGUAUGUCGGGUGAAGCGGGCGAGCAACCCCCUAACCAUCAACGUGAAGGGUGAAGGCCUGCGGACCCAUUCAUCCAUGUGUAUUGAGGACGUGGAAGGGGCUGAACACAAGGAACCCAUCGUGGUUACGCCGUAUCACCCAUUCCAGUACAAUUUGGGCCGUACGCAGGUGAAUACAAUAGUGAAGAAGAAACUUGUUAUAUCCAAUGAAGGAAGUUGCCCCUUUGAUUUUGUAAUGACGACGCCCGAACACAGGUUUCUUACUUUCAGUGGAACAUUUGGCACUCUGCAACCGAAACAGCGAGCAGAGGUUACACUCGUGUACUUCCCUACAUCGUCCGAAGCGUUGCGCAACCUAACUUUGGCAUGCCGAAUUUCUAAACGUGUUGUGUACACUAUUCGAUUGUCAGCCGCGAGCUACACACCGAAGGUCAUGCUUGGAUUCUCAAGGUACGAUUUUGGUCUAUGCUUCGUUUCCGAAUACAUGUGUGGUCAAACCCCACCGUCAGUGUUGUUGAACCUCACAAACGGGGAAACUGACGAAUCCGUAACGGUUGACUAUAUUCUUCCCGAGGGUCAGUAUUUUGACAUGGACACCGCUUCUACCGUGCUAGCGCCCGGCGAAACGAAGCGAGCGAAAAUAACGUUUAACCCCGCUGAAGUAGGAGAAUUCGGUUGUGAUUUGAAGUUGCUCGUGAACGGUCAUUAUCCAUUAUUCGUGCCCAUUAGGGGUGAGGGUGUCGUGCCACGCAUUGAAGUAUCAAGUCGGUUUCUGCGGUUGGGAGUUGCACGCAUAGGUGAACGUCGUACCGCUGAACUCCGUCUAGAGUGUAGAAGCCGGACUUUGACGACAGUUUCGCUUGCCAACUGUAUCGAUGUUGAAUUGGCGGCAAGGGGUAUUUCGCUUUUCCCUAGUGAAGAAUUUGUGAUGCGACCCGACGAAGCGCGCACUAUAACUGCAGUGUUUAAACCCCAAAGUCGUAUGGCAGAGUUCCAACGGGAAAUAAGCAUGGUGGUGUGCGGGAAGGAAAUGCCAUUUGCCCUCAUUACGGCUUCCUGCGAGGAUGCUGAGGUACAUUUGGAUGUUCAAAAUGUACUCUUCAACAAUGUUGUAGUCGGUGCCGUUUCAACUCAGCGGGUUGUCAUCAUGAACAGUGGUGAUAUCUCCCAACGUUUUUCGUGGGAUGCCGCUAUGAAGACAAACAGAGACCUGAAAAUCAUCCCCGCCGCAGGCGUUAUUCGUGCGCAUGCGGAGCAGGCAUGCGAGCUUACGUACAAUCCGACCCAAGUGGGAAGCUCAAUUCAUCAAACGUUUCUUUUAGAGUUCGAUAACGCUCCACCGAUCCCUCUGAAUUUAGAGGCACAUUGCGUCGAUAUACCUAAACCUGACACUGUUUUGGAAUUCACCUGCAAAAUAAGGAGCUCCGUGACGAAAACCCUGACAAUUGAAAACCCAACCAACACGGUGUGGACGCUUCGACCAACUAUAAACAACAAGUUCUGGUCAACUGUGAAGUCAUUGACGGUAAAUCCGAAGAGCCGGGCGUUGCUCUCCGUCACUUACUCACCGUUUUUGUAUACGAAGGAAAAAGACAUCGGAAAUCUCUUCAUUCCCCUACCGUCAGGCGAAGGUCGCAGCGUACAGUUGGAAGGCAUCCCUCAGAGCGCUUUCGAAGGAGGUUCUGCCAAUGAAAAGGUGGUUGAAGCCAAUACUGUGCACACUGAAAUAUUUGAACUGCAGAAUGAUACACCGAAUACCCUUCGCUUCCGUUCAUCUGCCAACUGGCUGACUGAGCCUGAUAAGGGCACAGUAACUGUAAAGAUGCCAAUGACGAUUGAUGUUCCGGCAAAACAGAAGAGGGAAGUAAGCAUUGAUAUAAUAUCGACGAGUGAAGGGAUUUUACAGGGCGCCAUUGUCUUCCUUUGUCAGAGUAGGGAAGAAUAUUCUCGGGCACUGGACCUGUCAUUUAAGGUGGUACCAAAGGUUAUGUCAGCAAAAGCGGAACUUAUUGCACCAGUGCGGACGACAGCAACAUACAAACUUCCGAUUACGAAUCCCUUGAACAAGAAUGUAACAUUUACUAUACGGGUAGAAAAUGGCAGUGACGUGAUCUCUGUAGAUUCUCAAAUUACAGUAAAAGAAAAGAGCACGGUUGAGCUUCCUAUAAACUUCUUUCCACUGGUUCACAAGGAGUACCCCGUUGCAACAGUGACGGCGGCAAGCAAUGAAAUUGGGAGUGUUGUAUGUAAAUUGCAUCUUCGAUCCAUUGCCCCACGGCCGUCGGUAGUUACGCGGGUGUCGUGCCCACUCGGGCAAAAUGUGGAGUUUCCACUGAAGUUUACGUCAUACAGUAAAACGAACUGUGAGUUUACAAUAAGGUUACCCGAUGAGUCGAAAUUCUCGCCUUUCUCGAGGAUAGCAAACUCUAGUAGUAUCAAAGUGCAGGGUUGUUCACGGUCAGAGGGGACAGAAGUGACGGUAGAUAUGUUGUACGAACCCUCAACUGUCGGUGAUGAUAGACAAACUAUUGAAAUAGUGUCGCAAACAGCUGGUGUUUACAUUUUCCCCAUUGUUGGUACAUGCCUGCCACCGCGCCGUCAGGGCCCCUUUGCUGUUCGAACAAAUCAGACCACACCAAUCACAUUCAAGAAUGUGUUCAACGAGGCCAUGACCAUUAACGUUUCAACGGAUUCUCCUUGCUUUGUCGUUAGCAAAACAACGGAGACAAUACCACCCAAGAAAGUUAUUUCGAUUGGAGUUCAGCAUCGAUGGGAUGAGGAGCGGCGUGAUGCGUACGCAUCUAAGCUUACAAUCAGUGGGGUGCACAAAGGAGAAACAAUUAGUUGGAUUUACUACCUAAAACUUGCUACAGCCGACCAGCAAACACCUCCUCCAUGA